AUGAUGAUUAGUGACAUAUUAUCUGUUUUUGCAAAGCCUAUAACUCCUUUAGAUACGCAAAACAUAAAGGUAGUCAUCGUUGAUAAUGAUGGAAAUGAACGAAAAUCAAUUAUAUUGAAUGAAUUGGAUAAACAGGCAUCUCUAACAGAUACUCGAAAAAAACUAUCUUUGAAUGAUGAGAUAUUAAUGAGUAGACAAAACUCUUAUUUUUGGAAUGACAAUUUUAAGAACAGAAUAUUAUCACAAGACGAUGAAAAUAACUGUACUCUCCAAGACAUCUUGAUUCCAAAGACGGAUUAUUACAAUUUAAAUGUUGCAGUAGAUUCAUCAAAACCAAAUUUUUUAGAAAUUUCUAAAAGACUUCAACUAAAUAAAGGACGUAAAACUCGCGAUAAUAGCGAAAAUACUUAUGUAACGGCAAAUAAAUCAGCAUUCACUAUUAAUAAUCCACAUAUGGUAAAUGUGAAUCUUCAGAGUAAGUUUGAGAGGGUUCAUUAUCGAGGGAUGGAAGAAUAUAUAAAGACAUGUUAUGAACUAGGAUCUGUUCGAUUGUCACGUAAAGACUUGACACCCACUGAGGGAUAUAUUAGAGCUAUUGAAGAAGCAUUGGAUGAAA